CUUCUUCUUCUCUUUUCCCACGCGCUCACACAGAGACACAUACACUGCAAAUCCACAGUAACUCAAAAAGAGAGAGACAUAUAGAGAGAGAAUUCAAAAAGCUCUCAUUUUUACCUUUCUGUUGAUCGCUUUUGUUUUUCUGUAAAAAGCCAUCUUUUGUGUUGAUCCUUUUUUUUUUUUACCUCAUAAACAAUUUCUCUGCCAAAAUUUUCCUGCAUUUUUUCCGUGACCCCUUUUCUUCUUCUUAAAUUUAAUAUCUUGGCUGGUCCAAAAAGUUCUUUAUGCAAAGGUUUCUUCUUAAAAAGAUAACAAAGAGGAAAACCAAAAUCAAAAAAAAAAAAAUAACAACAACAAAUAAGGCUUUUCUUUGUUGUUGUUUCCGUUGAGAAAGUUUUAAUUUUUUUGAGAUGAGAGCAGAUUUGAUUACAAUACAGCAAACGCUGACGCCGGAAGCAGCGACUGUUCUUAACCAGUCGAUUGCGGAGGCGACACGUCGCAACCAUGGCCACACGACGCCGCUCCACGUGGCGUCCACUCUCUUAUCUUCUUCCUCUGGUUUUCUCCGACAAGCUUGCAUCAAAUCCCACCCAAACUCCUCUCACCCACUCCAGUGUCGAGCUCUCGAGCUCUGUUUCAGCGUCGCCCUCGAACGCCUCCCUACUACGACCACCACUUCCGACGCGUCUUCUCCAUCGCAAACGCAUGAGCCGCUACUUUCAAACGCUCUAACCGCGGCUUUGAAACGCGCUCAGGCUCAUCAACGACGUGGUUGUCCCGAGCAGCAGCAGCAACCGCUUUUAGCCGUUAAAGUCGAGCUCGAGCAGCUUAUCAUAUCGAUUCUCGAUGACCCGAGUGUGAGUCGGGUCAUGCGCGAAGCUAGCUUCUCUAGCCCCGCCGUGAAAUCCGCGAUCGAACAGUCGCUUUUUGGUAAUUCCGCUAACCCGAGACAAACCGGCUCACCCGGACUCGUUAACCCAUCUGCAAUUGGGUUUGGUUAUCGACCCGUACCGGCUCCGAUUACCCGGAAUCCGUAUCUUAAUCCCCGGUUACAGCAACAAGGCGGCUCGGGGCCGCAUAGUGGGAUGAUGCAGAGGAAUGACGAAGCGAAACGGGUCAUCGAGAUAAUGAUCCGGACCCGGAAGAGAAACCCGGUUCUCGUCGGCGAUUCAGAGCCUCAAAUUCUGGUCAAAGAGAUUCUCGGGAAGAUCGAGAGCGGCGAAUUCUCCGACGGGCCUCUUCGCAAUUUCCAGGUGAUCCGUUUAGAGAAGGAAUUAGCUUCUUCGACGAGGUUCGGUGAAAUCUCCGGGUUGAUUGAGACCCGGAUCGGGAGUUCUGAUUUGACCGGCGGAGUUGUUCUCGAUCUCGGCGAUUUGAAAUGGUUAGCGGAACAUCCGGCGGCGAACGGCGGAGGUGGAGGAGCUGUGGCGGAGAUGCGAAAGCUUUUAGAGAGAUAUAAAGGAAGGUUAUGCUUAAUUGGUACUGCCACUUGUGAGACUUAUCUACGAUGUCAAAUUUAUUACCCUUCAAUGGAGAACGAUUGUGAUCUUCAAGCGAUUCCGAUCGCCGCCAAAUCGCCUCUUCCGGCGAUUUUCCCAAGGCUCGGGAACAACAUGAGCAACAAGAACGCUACGUUAUUAAGCAGCAGCAUCAUUUCAGUUGAAUCGCUAUCUCCGAAGAGGAACGUUCAGAUGAGCUGUUGCUCUCGGUGUCUGCAGAGUUACGAAAACGACGUCGCUAAAUUGGAAAUAACCUCAACCGGAACUAACCGGCCGGUCUUGCCGCCGUGGCUACUGAACGCUAAAGCCAACGACGACGGUGACAAGAAACUGACAAAAGAUCAACAGAUUGUGGAGUUGCAGAAGAAAUGGAACGACUUGUGUUCGCGUUUACAUCCGAAUCCGGCUGUGUCUGAAAGAAUAGCUCCUUCUUCGUUGUCUAUGAUGAAACCAAGUUCAAGAUCGGAGAUAACACCACCAGGAAGUCCGGUCGGUACAGAUUUGGUUCUUGGACGGCCAAACAGAGUAUUAUCCUCACCGGAGAAGAAGAACCACCAAGAAGCGCGUUUCGGAAAGCCAGGAGAUUCGUUCGACAUCGAUUUAUUCAAGAAGCUACUAAAGGGCUUAGCGAAAAGCGUUUGGUGGCAGCACGACGCAGCGUCUUCCGUAGCAGCAGCGAUUACGGAAUGCAAACACGGGAACGGAAAAUCAAAGGGUGAUAUUUGGUUGAUGUUCACAGGUCCAGACAGAACCGGGAAGACCAAAAUGGCUUCUGCGUUGUCUGAUCUUGUCUCUGGAAGCCAACCAAUAACAAUCAGCCUCGGUUCUGGUUCGAGGACGGAUGAUGGUUUAAACCUCCGUGGUAAAACGGCGUUGGAUAGAUUCGCGGAAGCGGUUAGGAGAAACCCGUUUGCGGUUAUUGUAUUGGAAGACAUCGAUGAAGCGGAUUUGUUGCUACGUAACAACGUGAAGCUAGCGAUGGAAAAAGGGAGAAUCUGCGAUUCGUAUGGACGCGAGGUUAGUCUAGGGAACGUUAUUAUAAUCCUCACCACGAAUUCUUCUCAAAACGUUGUUACUAUCGAUGAAACGAGACUAGAGAGUCUUGUGAGCAAAGGAUGGCAGUUAAGGCUCUCUGUUUGCAACAGCAGCAGAACACGGAAACGAAAACCGAACUGGCUUUAUAACGAAAGUGAGGAUCAGACAAAGCAGAGGAAAGAGAUCUGUUUCGACUUGAACGAGGCAGCAGAAUUUGAUUCAUCGAGCGAUGUAACGGUCGAGCACGAUCAAGAAGAUAAUAGUGAUCUCGUCCACAAGCUAGUGGCUUUGGCAGACGACGCUAUAGUCUUUAGACCGGUUGAUUUUGGUUCGAUCAAGAACAAGACCGAGGAAUCUUUAAAGAAACGUUUCUUGAUCGGUCUUGGUGAUGGAUUAACGGUGGAGAUUGAAGACGAUGCUCUGGAGAGAAUCGCGGGUGCGAUUUGGCUCAGCAAGAUUAGCUUAGAAGAAUGGAUUGAGGAAGCAAUGGGUUCGAGCUUGAAUAACGUUAGAGCUCGAGUGUCUUCUUCUGAAGAUUCUGUGAUUAGGAUUGAGCUUGAAGAUGAUAUGAGUGAUCGAAUCUCCGGAGGGUAUCUUCCGAGUAGUAUCAGAACGGUGAUUGUUUGAUAAUUUUGUCUUUCUGGUAGUUUCGUAAUUAUGAGAAUUGGUGAGGGUAAAGAGGUAAAUAUUGUAAUGUCUCCGAACCGUCUUUGGCGGGGUGGAAGGAAAGUUCGGUAAAAACAUUAACCAGUAAAAAAAAGUGUUAUAAAAAA